UAACCAACCGUCCAUUACGAGUUACGAGGUUACGACGCGACGCCAUUUCUUUCCUUUACACAAAGCUUUACAUAAAAUAUUAUCACAGAUUUAACUUUGGCUUUACUUUUUGCUAUCCGUAUCGUACGUACUUGUUCUGCGGUUUAUGCGUUGUUUUCGUGUGUACUGUGUAUUCUCUUUCAAGAUGAAAUAUGCUGUUGUCUGUUUUUUGGAUGAGGUUGUAGACAAUGAAAUGGUUGUGUCUGAAGUACCAGCCACAUGGCUGUUCAAUAACAAUACAUUUUGUAAAUGGCCGCCAAAUCAUCAAAAUAUUCAUAUUAAUAAAGGUACAAUUCCAAAAGAUAAUUGGACAAUUCAUCGUGUCCGUUGUGAAUCGAUAUGUGAUAGUUUAGAGCUGGCCAGAAAAAGGUGCACUAUCGUUAGUAGUAGUGACGAAUGUGGCAAAGGUAUGCGAAAGAAAAAGCCCACCAAACAUUACCAAAAUUACUAUAGAACCUGCGAGUCUCCACCAUCUUUUGAUGAUGUGCAGCAGUCUCUCAAUGAACAAGGUUAUGAAAGUGAGACACCCUACUCUGAAAAAACAGAUUCCCAUAAUUCAGAAGCGUCGUAUUGCCCUAAUUCUCAGCAAACAGGAGGACAUAUGGAUAGCUUUCAGCCAUCAUUAGACGCAGAGCGGUCAAUGAUAAGUACAAACCCAGUAGUUCCAAUUGAUGUUGAUCCAUUGAGCUACAAUUCUGAUCAUACUAAUAAUUCAAUGUCUGCUAACAUUCCUCUCGUAAUGAGAGACACUGAUGUUGAAGCUCCACCUGCGUCUGAAAUUUUGUACCAAAUUCCUCGCCAAAUUCCAAAUAUUACGUACAAUAGUACAAGUUGUGUGGAGAAAAAAUUGGACCAAGUGUUAAGAAUGUUAACAGCCAUCAAAUUGGAUCUAGAUGAACUAAAAUUGAAGAAUGGUAAAACCAACCAGCCUGAUCAGGUUUCCAUACCAGAGUUUCCACUACAAUCUGUAGAAGAUUUAGAAACGUUUGAAAGAAACCUACAAACUGAUGAGGAAUUUAAAGUAAAAGUGAUUAAAUACUUUAAAUAUGUAGGAGGAACAUCUUUAAGAGAUAUAACUACUAGAUGUCUUAAAAAAAGUUUUACAAAUAGCUUGUGCGAAAAAUGUUCAUGGAAGGGCUGGAGAAAUAAUAAUUAUAAAGUUGAAGAUUUAAUUUUAAUUAAAUGUCUUUAUGAUGCCAUUUCUUCAGUUUUCCAAUGCACUGAAAAGGAGUUCGAAAUUAUGGUACGGGAUUAUUUGCGUCAUGGAAAGCAACGCCGAGAACGAGAAGAAAAGAACAAGUCCAAAAACGAUGUUGUUUAAUAUAUUGUAAUUAUUUUCAAUAAAUUCUAUAUCGCCGUGUAUACUUUUAAA